CUCGUCAUUCAAAAAUAACCGUUGAACACCACAGACAUUUUUAUUAGCGUCAUAACAGGGAUCAGUUCAUCGACAAAUCGAUAGAAUUUUGAAACGUAAUUAAAUCAACGUGAUAAUUUGUUAAUUUACUUGUCAAUUGCAGUUUCUUUAAUUAAAAAAAGUGAUAUUUAUUAAUUUAUAAAAGGUUGUGGUUAAAAUCCAUCACGAUGCCACCCAAACGUAGGCUGAGAGCCAAAGCUCCCAAGGAAGUAGUACAUCCAGCAUUGGAAGAACCAGAAGAUGGGAGAGAAUUAACUUUGGAGGAGGCGAAAAACCUAAUUGCCGAGUUGAAGGAAACGAAAAACAGAGUUUUCGAGUUGGAGGAACAGUUGCGGCUGAUGACAUUGGGAAAUCCAACUCAGAAUCAAGAUGUCAAUCCACCAGCAAAUCCAACACGGAAUCCAGUCAGAAAUCGUGCUGUCAGCGAAGCAGUUUCUUCUCCAGUUGGUAGAAAAGUUCGCAGAGGUUCGACUAGUGUUGUUAAAAAAGAUGUGAAUUCUGGGUGUUCAUGCACGGGUAAUUGUGCAACUAAAAGAUGCGGCUGUGUCAAAAAGGAUAAAGUGUGCAAUGAGUUUUGCAAAUGUGCUGAUGCCUGUCAAAACCAAGGUAAAGCAGCCGAUGACAGUGAUAAUGAUGACAAAGAGAAUGAAAAUGAAAAUGUCCAGGUAUCUAAAAAUGUUGAUGUUAAAAGCAGAGGGAAAAAAACAGUUCCACUCACACCUAAGGUGCAAACUAAACAGAGCCGUCGAGUGAAUAAGAUAUCAGAUUCCAGCAUUGAGGGAACUCCAAGUCCAGUAGAAACUGUUGCGCCGAGAUCGCUCUUUGAUACUCCGGUGGUAGAAAAUAAAUCCAACAAUGAAUCUUUCAGUAGUUAUGAAUCUAAUGAAGCAGAGGAACAAGUUCUAAUAAAUCCAAUGAAACCAAAACAUCAGUUGUUGAGAAGUCCAGUAGUCAGGAGUCCUAUGGUCACUAGAAAUCGGUCGAAAUCACCCAACCCGGCUGCUGAUCAUGUCCGUGAUGAUGAUAGCGAUGACGACGAUUAUAAUGAAAAUGGCUUAGCCAAUUCAAAAGCUGAAACAUCUAGCUCAAGUCAAUCGUCAUCAGGAUCAACUGAUCCACUGCAACCGAAGCACAAACUGUUACGCAGUCCGGUGGAUAGAAAAAUUCUCACAAGAAGUCAAUCGAAAUCACCAAAUCCACUUGCUGAUCGUGUUCGUAAUAAUGAUGAUGAUGAGAGCUUCAUUCCAAAGGCUGAAACAUCUAGCUCGAGUCAAUCGUUUCUAUCAGUCGCGGAUCCUCUGAAGCCGAAGCACAAAUUGAUGCGCAGUCCCUUGCCUGGAACCUCAAAAGAUGGAAGUUCAAAGUCUCCAAAUAUGCUAUCAAAUACUUCAGUUUUCCAUGAUGAUGAUGUCUUUCUACCUGUGCCGAAGCCCGAUCUAGCUGAACUGAGCACAUCACUGCCUCCACCACCAGAGAUUUUCGAGGAAGAAGUCGAUUGGUCCGAGCACAAAUCUAAAUUAGUUAAAUGUCGUAAGUGCCAGCGGAAUUUCUUCCCCUACCGUAUUGCAGUACACGAGAAGAAUUGUAUUAAAAUCUAGUUUACUGUCUGGCUGGCCAGACAUACAUUUUACAUUUAUAUAUAAAUUGAAGUUAAAUUUUUAUAAGAUUUAAUUAAUAUUACAUUAUAUAUUAGGAAAUUUUUUCGGAUAAAAAUAAAAAAAAUUUAUAAGUGCUUGGCAAAGUUAUUAACGCUUUUCAAGCAAAUACAUAACUCCAGAACAAGGACAUGCGUCAUCCGGUUCCUUUUUUUUAUUUAUUAUUUAUUUUUGCACUUUUAAAUUUGCUGAAAUACAUCAAUAAUAAUGAUAACUUAUCGUGAUUACGUUUUAUUUACAUAGAGAAUUAAUAUAAA